UGACGCUCUUAGUGGCACCAAAACGAGUCUUUCUUUUGCUCUCGCGGAUACUUGAUGGGCUCGUGCCUCUCCGCAUCCCCGUCGCCGGUGACGGUGGAGGGAACUCCGACGGUGGGCCCAGGCUACGGAGGCUCCUCCUCGACCCUCCCUCGUCUCGGCUCCAAGAGCUGGAGGGGGAGGAAGAAGGUAAGGAAGGAGAAGCAGAAGAGAGGCAGACGGGGGGCAGGUAGCGGCGGGCGGCGGCGGGAAGCGGCCGACGGCGGCUGCGAGGCCGUGGAGGAUGAGCUCCGCCGCAUGCCGGGCCGGAUGUUCUUGAAUGACGCCAGCGAGGUCGCUUGCCUGUACACGCAGCAGGGACGGAAGGGGACUAACCAGGAUGCAAUGAUCGUGUGGGAGAAUUUCUCUUUGACAAAAGGCACCAUUUUCUGCGGGGUGUUUGAUGGUCACGGUCCAUAUGGUCAUAUGGUUGCUAAGAAAGUCAGAGAUUCUCUUCCUCUAAAGUUGUCCACCCAAUGGAGAGUUAGAGUUAACAGUCACGAGAGUCCUGAUCUAAAUGGUAGUAUUUCUGGGAGCAUGGACUCUGAAGAAAUGGCAUCUUUUAGCAAAGAUGAUAAUUGGAGUGACUACAUGGAUGAGAAUGAAAAAGUGCCUGAGAUGUAUCUUCCACUGAAGCAAUCUUUCCUGAAGGCAUUUAGAUUGAUGGACAAAGAGUUGAAGUUUCAUCCAUUGAUCGAUUGUUUUUGUAGUGGAACUACAGCAGUUACUAUAGUAAAGCAGGGACAGGACCUUGUUAUUGGAAACAUUGGUGACUCAAGAGCGAUAAUGGGAACACGAGAUGAGGACAAUAAUUUAAUUGCUUUACAGUUGACCGUUGACCUGAAGCCCAAUCUUCCAAGGGAAGCUGCCAGAAUCCAGCAAUGCAAGGGAAGAGUUUUUGCACUGCAAGAUGAACCAGAAGUCGCUCGUGUUUGGUUGCCAAACAACAAUUCCCCUGGAUUGGCUAUGGCCAGGGCUUUUGGGGAUUUCUGUCUUAAAGAUUAUGGUCUAAUAUCAGUUCCAGAAAUUUCAUAUCGCCAUCUGACUGAGAAAGAUGAGUUUAUAGUUCUUGCCACCGAUGGGGUUUGGGAUGUUCUUUCUAACAAGGAGGUAGUAGAUAUUGUUGUAUCAGCACCCACUCGCAGCAGUGCUGCCAGAGCUGUUGUCGACUGUGCAGUGCGAGAAUGGCAGCUUAAGUUUCCUACAUCAAAGGUCGAUGACUGUGCUGUCAUCUGCCUAUUCUUGGGACACAUAUCAUCUGAUGCAUCUCAGAAUUGCGACUCGAACAAGAAACAGACCGAGCCAAAAAAGCCAAUGGUGUUGGGUCUUACUGAUAAAGAAGUUAUAGGCGAACAAGAAACAUGUGAAUUGAAAUCAUCGAUCACUGUUGAUACUACUGGAUUGGAACCCUCUUAUGCUCUUCACAGUGCAAAUGAGAUUGUUUCAGUAUCUGAGGGACCCCAAGUGAUGACUGUGCCAGAAAAUUCCCAAUCUACCAGGAGCCUUGCCCAUUGUAUAUCCGUUCUUGAGGAGGAGGAAUGGUCAGCCUUAGAUGGUUUCACUAGGGUAAAUUCCCUACUUAAUAUUCCUAGAUUUUUAUCUGGUGAUAAAAGAACCUCUAGUUGGAAAAAAUGGUUGUGAGAAGCCACAAUCACCUCCAAAAUCUGAAUCUGGAUAUUCUUGUUGUUAUCUAAUGCAAAGUUGGAAUGAUCAAGAUGAAAAAACAAAAAAUUCAUAAGAUCUGGUGCUGGAUCUGGAAAUUAUUGUACUGAAUUUUAUCCAUCUGCCUGAGUCUUUAAUCCAACAUUAUCAUUUCGAUUUGGAUUACCAGUA